CGGUAAUGGAGUAGGGAUUGGGAAAACCCCAUUUUUGGACUUCAAUUGGAAAGGCAGCUUCUCCCCGCCCCAUUUCGUCUGAGUCCCCGGCUCCUUCUUCCUCCGCUCUACAUCCAUCAGAGCUCUGAAGAAGGAGGAGGGAGCCUACCCUCGGUCUCUCGCGCUCUUUCUCUCACGAUCUGCGCCUAGGGUUUUCUUGGUCUCUUUAAUGCUGAUCGCCGCCGCCGAUGCCUCCAAAGCGCCAGACCUCUAAGGCGGAGAUCGCCAAGAAGCAGAAGGUCGUCGAGGACAAGACCUUCGGCCUCAAGAACAAGAACAAGAGCAAGAAUGUCCAAAAGUACGUCCAGAGCCUUCAGCAGACCGUCCAGCCCAAGCCCGACCCCUCCAAGCUCGCUGCCAAGAAGAAGAAGGAAGAAGAUAAGGCGAGAGAGAAGGAGCUGAACGAUCUGUUCAAGAUCGCGGUCAGCCAGCCAAAAGUCCCCGUUGGUGUUGAUCCCAAGUCUAUACUAUGUGAGUUCUUCAAGGCCGGGCAGUGUCAGAAAGGGUUUAAGUGCAAGUUCUCUCAUGAUUUAAAUGUCCAGAGGAAGGGUGAGAAGAUUGAUCUCUAUAGUGAUAAGCGCGAUCAACCUAAUGAGACGAUGGAUGAUUGGGAUCAAGAGAUGCUAGAGAAGGUGGUGGAAUCGAAAAAGAAGGAAUAUAAUCAAAACAAACCCACUGAGAUUGUUUGCAAAUACUUCCUAGAAGCAGUGGAAAAGAAACAAUAUGGUUGGUUUUGGGUUUGUCCAAAUGGUGGGACAGACUGCCACUAUAGACAUGCCCUUCCACCUGGGUAUGUUUUAAAAUCUCAAAUGAAGGCUUUAUUGGAGGAAGAGACAGAAAAAUUAUCAAUUGAAGAGGAGAUUGAAAAUCAGCGGGCAAAGAUUUCUUCCUCCACUUUUCUUACUCCUGAGUUAUUCAUGCAAUGGAAAAUAAAAAAGAUGGAAGAAAGAGAAGCUGGUCUUGCUGCACAGCGAGCAGAGAGGGCUAAGAAUGAUCGCAUGAGUGGCCGUGAAUUGUUUCUGUUGGAUUCAAGUGUGUUUGUUGAUGAUGCUGAGGCAUACGAGAAAUACCAAAGCGAAGAAUCUGAUGCUUCUGAACAGAAGGUCGAGAAUGAAAAUGGGCUUGAGAGGCCAGGUUUAUCAACUUCUGUUGAUAAGGUUGCUGAAGAAGUGCUGGAUGAUGAUGAUGAUGAUGAUGAUGAUGAUGAUGAUGAUGAUGAAUUGGACAUUGAUGAGCUGAAUGAGCUGGAAGCAAGUCUAUCUAAAACAUCCAUCAAGAUCUGUGAGCCAGAUAUAGAGGCAUCAUCUUGAGAAGCUUGCAUGCAUCUGCCAAUGCCCAAAGUCUUGCAUCCGCCCAUGCUCGGAUGGAACCAUCGGCAGCAGCAUCUCUGCAUUUUGAAAUCAAAGGCAUGAGUGUACGAUGUAUUUGUAGCAAGCUGUGUAAAGUGCGUACAAGUUAACUCGGCUGUGCUCUGAGCAAAGAUGCUCUAAUGACCAGUCGUAUUUUAUUGAAUUUGGCUCUAAUAAUAGAAUCAGACUCAGCUUUGCUUGCUGAGGUGCUGGAGGAGCAAGUUUUGAUGCAGCUUUUCCCAGCUAAGCAAGGCUAUAAAUUAUGGUAUCAAAAAGAAUAUUAAAAGGUCUAGUUGCUGACCGAAUGAGUACUUCUGUAAGGCUAAUAUUAAUGCAAGAUAUCUGUUCUGCUGCCUUUUACUUUCAA